GUAAUACACCACAUCAUUCAACCAUGUAUAAAUGGCAUGCCCACUCCGCGAUUGGUCGAGGAAGACCUGUUGCUCAGGACAUUUCAAGGGUUGCUGAUAGGAUUGCGGCGAGUUUGAGGCAUUUCACUGUUACGAGGGAUGGUGGCUCUGGGGGUUUGUUCACCCCUCUUCAUAUAUGGCAAUAAUUGCAAUUGAGUCUAAUUGGUUUUUAGGUGAUAACAGAGAGGGACCGUCUAGGUCUCAACGAUCGAGAGAAGCGUUUAAUGAAGUAUCUUCGUUGGCACCUAAACCUUCGAAUGUUACUCGCGGUAUCGAUGCAAGAGCUUUGGCUGCGAAACCUCCGACAGGUUCCUUCACCAUUGUGCGCGAGAGAUUUUCUGGACCGACUCCUGGGAGGUCGCCUGGAGGAUAUAGAGGGGGUUUCAGGGGACCUGGGGAGGCUUCAACGGGAGGGUUUAGGGGAGGAGCGAGACCAGGUGGAUAUGAAGGCGGAUAUCAAGGCCGGGCAACAGGAGGACCACAAGCUGGUAGAGGUCGACCAGGUAUGACCAGAGGAAGGGGAAGUCGGAGAGGUGGUGGAAAGAGAACUAGGGCGCCAAGAGCUUCAGAGGAGGAUUAUGCUGAGGAACCUUAUACCGAUGCGGAAAAGGCAUAUCUUUACAACUCUCAGUGCGGAUUUCGGGAACCGUACAAUCCUUCGACCAGCGCAGAAUCAAUGGCAGCUGUUAGCCCACCUGUGGUUUCCAGUUCAAAGGGUGUGAACCAUACAAUUGCGUACAAGCUACAAACUGCGACUGGAACUAGGGCCGGACACUACUACCAUGCUGCGAAUCAUAUUGCGAGAGUCCAUGAUGGCAAUGGAUUUGCGUUCUUUGAGGAUGGAGAUCAGAAAUCUAUUGCGAAUUCCUGGCUGGGACAGCGUACUAAGGAUAUUUCGACUACGCUGGGUAAAGGGUUUGCAAAGGCCCAAGUCGGAGAUUUGGAUGAGAAGGCGAAGGAGACUUUGAUGAAGACGUGGGUUGCUGGUCAAUAUCAAGCACCAAAAACUCCGGCAGCAAACGAUGUACUCGGUCAGGUUGACUUUUUCCUAAGGAGGAAUGAGACAUACCUACCACAAGAUACCAGGAAACUGGUAGCUAAACUCAGCUCCCUGUUACCAUAGGCGAAACCCCAACCAGUAAAAGCGAGAGCUACUGCAUGAUAGCUCCUCUUAUGUAUUUAUCAUAGACGUGGGGUAUGUCGGUAGCUUUAGUGUACAAAAAAUGUGUGAACAUAGCAAUGAACAGGACAUCAAGACUG